GGCGGAGGCCGGCUCGUCGCACCCGGAGCCGCCGCCAUGCCUCUGCCGCCGCCCGGCCGCCCCCGCCUCAGGCUGGCCCCGCUGCUGGCGCUGCUGCUUCUGGCGGGCCCGGCGCGGCCCAUCUCUUUCCAGCUGCCCGGCAAGGCGCGGAAGUGCCUGCGGGAGGAGAUCCACCGCGACACGCUGGUCACGGGCGAGUACGAGAUCGGCGCCCCGCCGGGCUCCUCCAGCGGCCCCUCCGCCAACCUCAAGAUAACUGACUCAGCGGGGCACAUCCUGUAUGCUAAAGAGGAUGCCACUAAGGGCAAGUUUGCCUUCACCACUGAAGACUAUGACAUGUUUGAGGCCUGCUUUGAGAGCAAGCUUCCUGUGGGAACAGGGAGGAUGCCGGACCAGCUCGUGAUUCUGGAUAUGAAGCAUGGAGUUGAAGCAAAGAACUACGAGGAGAUUGCUAAAGUGGAGAAGUUGAAGCCUCUGGAAGUAGAACUGAGACGCCUGGAGGAUCUUUCAGAGUCCAUUGUUAAUGACUUUGCCUAUAUGAAGAAACGAGAAGAGGAAAUGAGGGACACGAAUGAAUCAACAAACACCCGGGUUCUGUACUUCAGCAUUUUCUCCAUGUGUUGUCUCAUUGGACUGGCCACCUGGCAGGUAUUCUACUUGCGUCGUUUCUUCAAGGCCAAGAAACUGAUUGAGUAAAGGAACAAGUCCUCCUCCCCUCUUCACAGCCCCAGCUGGACACCGCUGGAACCCAGCCAUGUCCUCCCAGAGCCAUCUCACAGAUGACACCCACUGACUGGAGCUAUUCUGCAGGAACUUGAACCCUAAAAGGGGAGGGGAGCAUAAACAUGUGAAGCAACUGGGGACUUCAGAAAUCCUGUUGGAUAUUAAGGGAGGGUGAGCUUGUGAUGGGUUUGGGGAUUCCUGGGGCAGUGAUUAAUAAAAAUGAUUUUUCUAUGACAGCUGCAGCGAGCUCUUGCACUGUCUGUUCUCCUCUUAUAAUCUUGGCUUGAUGAUGUCUCCCAUCUGUCUGUGACUGUAGUGUUAUUCUGAGCCACCUGAUCCAGCUGAGCACAUUAGGUGCCCUGCAGCUAUCACCAGGGCAGUGUUGGGGAUUCCCCCUUCUGACCAGCUGAGAUCUAAGCCUCAUGCGUAUAAAGGUGAGUGCAAAACAAUAGGUUCAUCAUUCCAGCAGGGUCUGAGGUUGGAGGAAGGUCCAAGGUUUGGUCCCUGUUGUGGACCUCAGUGUUUCUCCCUGUGGGAGCUGGAGUUUUUAUGCUGAUGGGUCAAGGCACUUAAGCAUAUGAUGAUUCAGUCUGGAGGAAGGGGGAGCCUUGGAAGGAGGGCUUGGUAAUAUGUUUGAGCUUGGAAAGGAGAAGCCUGCUUUGCUCACAUUGGCUGUCCAGCCUUGGUCCUGUCCUUAGGCCAUGUGUUUGUGUUGGAUUUGCCUCUCUUGUUCCAAAAUGAUGCAGCAGGUUUUCUGAAAGCCAUGGUCAUUGGCAGCCUUUUGUGCAGAGAAGAGGCCUCAGUUAGAUACAGUCACAGAGCAAAUUGGAGCAGGUUAUGCUAAGAAACUUGAUCUUAAAUUGAGCCGGAGACUUUUUUCAUCUAGCAGUGUAAUGUUUAUUCUGCAGGCAGGUGGCUGAACCUCAUUUUCUGAGACAUCAAAGCAAGGUGGGCUGCUGUCACUGUUGUGCGGCACAAAGGCCCAUACCCUACUGUGAGCUCUGAGGAUGCAAGGGUUGCUUUGCAGUUGGCAGAGGAGUUGGAAGGACAUGAAUGAACUUGAAAAGCAGUGCAGAGUAGGAAUAUGCUAAUGCUACAUCUGAGGGGUCUCUGAACUGCGCCCUCUGCAGAACUGCUACUCUGGUACCACGGUGAGAGCAAGCAGCCAUUCAUAGUUUCUCAGCUGUCCAGAUGCAAUUGUGUUGAAUAAGAAAGGCUGAGGAAAAACAGACAGGUUCACUUCCUGGACUUGCAUGCUGCAGAUUUUAGGCAGUGAUUAAAAUUCUUAAGCCUUCUCUGCAUUCCUUCAGAGCAAACGGUUCGGCAGCACAGCUUUCUGGUCUCAGGUGCCUCGACCCUUCUGGCAUGGGAAAAGGUUAUUGUAGCCCUGGGCCCAGCCUACCAUGUUUUAAAAAGGGGGGGAAAAAAAAGCAAAAAAAAAAAAAAGCAUUCAUGUUUUCUAACUUGAAUCUGAUCUGUUACCAGAAGGGAAACAGUUGUCCAGGGUGAGGCUAUGGGAAAGAGGAUGAAAAGAUGACCUACAGUCAUCUAAAUAAGUUAGUGCUUUGUCACUUCUUUGCCAUUGCUGAGAUCCUGGAGUUGUUAGUUCUGCUGGCAAGUGCUUAUAUUGCUUUUAAUUUUUUUUUAAUAAAGCCAUAUUAAGAAUCCAAGUCCACUCCUCUCCCUUUGCAUCCACACUAUCCUUGUACACUUUUGAAAGCUGUUACAGUGCGGGACAGCAGCGAUGCCACAGGACUGAAUUACAAGUCAUUUGAAGGUAGCUUUAGGUCUUACAGUUUGAAGCCUGUAGAUCUGUUAAGGUUUUUUGAUUUUUGUUUUUAUACAAGUUGAAAAGACUGUACACACAAGGGGCUUUCCCUGUCUUUGUCUAUUAUGACAUCCUCUCCCCAUCCUUACCAGAAUACAAAGAUAACCUUUUUCUCAAAAAUGGUGGUGAAGCCUUACGUUCCCCAGGUGACUGUUAUGGUAUCAUUAUAGUGCUGCACGUUAUCCUCACUGUGCUGCUGUGGUUAUGGGGAACAGAUGUGGGGGACUCAUACGGAUUGACCUUGUAAUGACUGGUUGGGGGAUUUUUUUGAUUUUUCUCAAAUAAAAUUUCUUUGGG